CAAGACGAUCGUUCUCAGCCGUCCUCACGCGCGAUUAAAGCGUCACAACUCGAGCUGAAGCGGUUUAACCGCUUUUCCUUCCAGUCAUGUGUUUCUUUGUGCUGCUGAAUGUCGCUUCAGGGAUCUUUUUUCUUCUUCUGAGAGCUGAAUGUGUGCAGGCUGCAGGGGCUUCUGAUCAUGUUCCCCUGCACUGCAGACUGGGCUUCAAACCCUGCAAGGACGGAUCCGAGUGUGUGCUGUACAGUCAUGUGUGUGACGGUGAGAAUGACUGUCCUGAUGGCUCUGAUGAAGACGAAUGUGCAGCUGUCUGCAGCAUAGGUCAGUUUCAGUGUGCUCAUGGGAAGAAGUGCAUCGAGCGCCGGCAGGUGUGUGACGGUGUGGCUCAGUGUCAGGAUCGCUCGGAUGAAGUCGACUGCUUCAAGUCAGAGGAGGGCUGCGGCCAUCGCUGCGAUAAAAACCGCUGCAUCCCAGAGUCCUUUGUUUGUGAUGGAGACACGGACUGUGUGGACGGCAGCGAUGAGGCCAGCUGUGGUACAGAUAUUAACCAUGAUGACGAUGAUGAUGAUGACAGCAAAGAGGAUGAAGAGAAGGGAAAGACAAUAGAGGAUGAAGUCUCAGGAAAAGCUCCUGUAACCAAAGGACCUCUACGCUGUUCAAUCGGCUCGAAGUUAUGCAGAGACGGGACAGACUGUGUACUCUAUAAUCACGUGUGUGACGGCGAGCACGACUGUAAGGACGGGUCUGAUGAAGACGAGUGCUCUGUGGAGUGUGAAUCAGGUCAGUUUCAGUGUGCUCAUGGUAAGAAGUGCAUCGAGCGCCGGCAGGUGUGUGACGGUGUGGCUCAGUGUCAGGAUCGCUCGGAUGAAGUCGACUGCUUCAAGUCAGAGGAGGGCUGCGGCCAUCGCUGCGAUAAAAACCGCUGCAUCCCAGAGUCCUUUGUCUGUGAUGGAGACACGGACUGUGUGGACGGCAGCGAUGAGGCCAGCUGUGGAGAGGAGAGCUGCAGCAGUUCUGAGUGGCAGUGCAGCAGCGGUCAGUGCGUAUCGGUCAGUAUGCGCUGUGAUGGACCGCCGGACUGCAGAGAUCAUUCAGACGAGGAGGACUGCGCUGAACCUCCACCAUGCAGCACACGACGCCGCUGUCCGAAGAGCCAGGAGUGUCUGCUGGACGAGUGGAUAUGUGAUGGAGAGAUAGACUGCAAGGAUGGCACAGAUGAGAAGAACUGUAAGGAGUCUCCAGUGCAGUGUGGUGAGUUCCAGUGGCCAUGUGUCUCUAACACGCAGUGUGUUCCACAACACUGGCGCUGUGACGGCUCUGAAGACUGCAGGGAUGGAAGUGACGAAUCUGGAUGUCCCAGUGUGUCCUGUCCUCCUCAUCUGUUCCAGUGUGACAGUUCGGAGUGUGUGGACCCAUCUCAGCUCUGUAACGGAGUCACUAACUGUCUGGACGGUUCUGAUGAGGGCGGCACAUGCCAGACAGACAAAUGCUCAGGACAGUCGAAGUGUGCACAGGACUGCCACAGCACACCUACAGGCACGCGCUGUUGGUGCAGGAUCGGCUACAAGCCUGUAGAUGAUGGUGUGGUGUGUGUUGAUGUGAAUGAGUGUGUGGACCGUCCAGACUUCUGUUCACACUACUGUAACAACACUCAAGGCUCAUUUGCGUGCUCUUGUGGUCACGGUUAUGUUCUGGAACCUGAUGGCCGCAGCUGCAAAAUCACAGGUGAGCCAUACCUGCUGGCAUCUGUGCAGUCUGAGGUCUUCCUGCUGGGUCUGAGGAGCUCCAGUCUGGACGUCCUGCUCUCGUCAGAGAAGCAGUUUGUGCUUUCACUUGACUAUGACUGGCAGAAGCAGAGAGUGUACUGGAUCAACCUCAACACAGACAACAUCAAAUGGUUGUCACUGGAUCAGAAGAGCAAAGGAACCUUCAUUAAAGGUAUCCAUGCAGACAGUCUGGCAGUGGACUGGGUGGCGAGGAACCUCUAUUGGGCUGAUAGUGUCAAAAGCCAGAUCAAUGCAUUGGGACUGGACCGUGAUUCCACCAGAACCACAGAUAUUGUGAUGAUCCUGGGUGAAGAUCUAGGGCAGCUUCGCUCCAUCGCUCUGCUGCCACAGAAAGGAAUUUUGUUCUGGUCUGAAACCGGGGAUGAUGCUCAAAUAGAAAGAGCAGGCAUGGAUGGUUCAGACAGACGUGUGCUGGUCAGUCACUCUCUCCGAUGGCCAGUCAGUUUGACGGUGGACUCUCUGCAUCACAGAAUCUACUGGACAGAUGAGAAACUAAAGUGCAUCGGAUCAGCCGAUAUAGAUGGAGGAAAUAUUAAGCUCCUGCAGAUGAUGGAGACUCCCAGUCCAUUCUCAGUGUCUUUAUUCAAUGAUAAGGUCUACUGGUCUGAUACUAAAAGAGGAACCAUUCAGAGAGCUCACAAAAGCACCGGUAAACAGCACCAAGUCCUGCUCAAACGUCCUGGACAGCCGUUUGGUUUGAAGGUCAUUCAUUCACUUUUCCAGGUGGGCGUCUCUAACCCGUGUGCUUCCCAGCACUGCUCUCACCUGUGUGUUUUAUCUCCGGAGCUGAAGGCUGUGUGCAUGUGUCCGUCUCAGCUCCUGCUGGAUGAAGAUCGACUGACCUGCUCCAAACCCAAAGACUCGUCCUUCCUGUUGUUUCUUUCUCCAUCUGCAAUCACACAGAUUUAUUUACAGAACAGACACCGCAAAGUGGACCUAAAGAACUGGCCUGAACAUCGCCGUUUUGACCUUCCCAACAUGAACAAGUCAAGCAUGUUAGAUUUAGUGCUGCGUGACCUCACCCUGUACGUGUCUGAUGGCAGUCAGCCAGUCGUGGGGCUCUUUAAGAUGAAGGACACAGCGCUGGUGCCUCGUGGGAAACUACUCCAGCUACAUAAGGAAUCACUGCGUGCGUUCUCAGUGGACUGGAUCACCCUGAACGUUUACUGGAGCAGUGAGAAGCUGCCCGGCCUGCAGGUCACCUCACCGGAUGGCACACACACCAGUGUGUUGAUACAGGACGGUGUCGGAGCCAUUGAAUCCAUCGCUCUGGACCCACCCAGUGGACACCUCUGCUUCUCAAACACAGUCCAGGAAGGCCGAAUGACCCAGCUGGAGUGUGCCUAUAUGAAUGGACAGAACAGGACAGUGGUGUGGAGUAAUUCAGUCCGGCCAACAUCACUGAACUUGAUGGACGAAGGCAAAAAACUGUACUGGGCUGACACUGGUCUUGGAGUAAUUGGUUCAGUUGGUGUAGAUGGUUCUGGAUACAAGGAAAUGAAGACAGAAGCCGGACUGAUGGCGUUUGCUGUGGUUAACCAAGUGCUCGUUUGGAUGACUAAAGAAGACUCCACUAAGUGUUGGUUUAGUGAUGAUAAACACACAGGGAAGCUGUGGUUUGAAGUGGACUCUGACAUCGUUAGUCUGAAAGCAUUCGCAAAAUCAAGACAAAAAGGCACUAAUCUCUGCUCUAAUGGUAAUGGAGGCUGCAGUCACCUCUGUCUCGCGUUCCCUGGAGGAAUGACGUGCCGUUGUGCUCAUAAUCACCGUCUGGUCAACGGCAGAGACUGCAGUCCAGACUCCCGCUGCCCUCAAGGAACCAAACCUUGCCUGAGUGAAAACAUUUGUCUACCUCUGGAGCAGUUCUGCAACGGCGUCGCCGACUGUCCAGAUCAUUCUGAUGAGAACUGUCUUCAGGAUACACAUAAAAACAUCCGGAUCAAUCCUAAAGCGUUUCGUCCAGGUUUGAGCGAUAAUGUCAUACCAGAGAACGUGGAGUCUGAGGCAUGUGGUCUUUCACGGUGUAAUGGCAACGGUAAAUGCUCGACCCAGAAUGGCGUGCCGGUGUGCGUCUGUGAUGCGGGUUACAGUGGAGAGCACUGCCAGGAUCUUUCGAGUGGGCUCUCACAGGGGCCGGUUAUGCACGGAGUUAUUGGACUGUGUGCCGCUGUGGUUGUCCUGGGGGUAAUCGUCGGCUUCAUUCAGAAGAAAAAAGCCACAGAUCGGAGGCAUGCAGCACGGGCUGUGGAUGUGCAGGAGACCGACAUGAAGGAACUAGAGAAAAGACGAGAGACGUCUUCAGUAAAAAAUGGAAAAGACACCGAAUUCUCUGAGGAAAACGUGGUAACAUCUGUGGACUAGCUUCAACAUGUCGGCUGCAGCAUCUUGGUUUCUUUGAAAUAAAGUCGUUGCAUUUUGAAAACAAAAA